AUGCACGUUGAGAGAAUGCGGGGGGUGGGGCGGGCUGUGGAGCUCGGGGCGAGCCCGCGGGGCCGCGGGGCUCGCUUCGCCCGCCAACUCGAAUUGCUCCUCUGCCUCCGCACCUCACUCGCCGCGCAUCGAUCUCCCCCCAACCCCAACACGCACCCCAUGCCCCCCUCGUCGUAGCCUCGAGCCGAAGAACAAGUCACCCAAGUCUACCUCCUUCUCGUCUAUUCCGAUAGAGCCUGGACCGCAGAACCUCUCCUUCGCGUUUCGGACCCAAGAGAAGAUGGUCGAAGUCGCAGAGUGCAUGGUCGCUUUGUCGUUACAAUCGCCCGAAUUCGAUCCCUCUCAGCACCCGUUGAUGGGCUUGACCUGCGCUGUUCGUGAUACGAGUAUCGUCGAUCGUGCGUUGGAGGCGUUGAAGAAGGGUGUGCUCGAACAGCGUAGGAGCAAGUUGAGCCCCGGGCAGAAGAGCGAGAUGCAAGAUCAGGACUUCAAGUUGGUCGAUCUGCAGGACGGGUUGUGGGGCAAGGAGGCGCGAGAGGCAGAGCAGCGCGAGAUGAUGCUGAUCGACAGGUUUCACAGUCGCGUCGAAGAGAUCAUUUUACCUACUGUUCAGCUUCUCUGUGAGGAUCGGGGAUUGAACCUCGCAACGGAGGGGCUCGAUCGCUGUAGGAACUACUCGCUCGUCAAAGGACCGGGGAACCAAGCGUCCUCAUCGACCGCGACCAACGAGACCCUCGUCACUUUUGUUGCCAACAACAUCGAGGAUGGAGGGAAACCCAUCUUCUCCGACGGCCUCCGCGUACAUUCCCUGUUCUUGGCGUCGUUCGAAGCGAGGUCGUACGAUGGGAUCGACAUGCGUUUCCCCAAGCUCAUGCUUGAGGGGUCCGAGGGGAGGUAUUUGGAGAAUCUGGUGAUGCAGGUGAGGCCGAUCGAUGUGUUAGGGUCGAAACCGAGUCAAGUCUUUCUUCGGUACUUACGCCGCACGGUCGAUUCUGCAGGCGGCUUGGAGCGUGCAGGAGGCGAAGAAUGCAAGAUUCCUCAUCUUCUUUGCGACGCCGUACUACAUGCUCGCCGAACUCGGUGAGUACUUGCCCAUGGUCGAUCCCGCAGUCUGUCGUUUCACUUAAGCUCAUUUGGCAAACACCCGGAUCUAACAGUCACAAUCGACGGCAAAUGGCACCUCCUCCUCGACCAGGUCUACACCGCCGUACGCGAGGAUCCGACCGAAUCGGCCGACUCGGACCUCGAGUACCGUCCCUUCCUUGCGCUGCUCCUCGCGUUGUUCAUGGAUCACAAGGAAGGCUUCAAGAUCGAAGGCCCGAGUGAGGUGAUCAAGGAUAAGGUCAGGGCGAAAGUCAAGGAGCUUGGUGGGGCGUAUGAUCCGAGCAAGUUUUCCAUUCGACCGUUAGAGUCGCAAGGGAACUAG